GUCGCCGCGUCUGCUGCUCUUUGGCGGGCUUCGACUGUGACGGGAAUGAUCUGCUGCGGGAACUCCCUGUAACGGAACCGGGACCGAGGAGACGCCGCCGCUGGAUGCUCAGCGGAUUUGAAGUUUCGCCCACGUAACAUGCCUUUGAACCCACGCUGGACCAUGCUCUCCCUCCUGCUGCACGUAACGCUGGCCGUCCAAGCUAUGGCGGUGAUGGAGGUGCUCGUACCAGAGCAGCCCGUGGUGGCGCUGCACGGCGCCGACGUCGUGCUCAACUGCUCCUUCAGCCACGCCAGCCCCGUCAACCUGCCCGAUCUGACCGUCUUCUGGCAGCUGACGGACACCAAGCGAAGUGUGCACGGCUUCUCGGGAGGACGGGACCAGCUGGCGGACCAGGCCCAGAGCUUCGCCACGCGCACCCGUCUGUUCCACUCCCAGCUGGGCCUGGGCAACGCUUCGCUCCUGCUGAGCCGGGUGGUGGUGGCUGACGAAGGCAGCUACACCUGCUUCGUCCGGGUGCAGGACUACGGCAGCGCUUCUCUGCUGCUGCAGGUGGCCGCCCCUUACUCCAAGCCAGUGGUGACUCUGGAGCCUGAAUCCAACCUGCGGCCAGGCGACGAGGUGUCGCUGACCUGCGUGGCCUACGGCGGCUAUCCCGAGCCCGGCGUGAUAUGGCAGGACGGGAGCGGGCGCAACCUCACCGACAACAUCACUAACUCAGUGGUGGCCAAUGAGGAAGGACUGUUCACCAUGAGCAGCGUGCUGAAGGUUGUGCUGGAGCCCAACAGCACCUACAGCUGCCGGGUGAUCAACCCGUUGCUCGACGAGGAGGGCUACGCCUCUGUCACGAUCACAGUCUGGAUUGACUGCGACCUGUGACACUGAGGCCUCACAUUGACGUUUCCGUCUUACAUUAUUGUGCGAAGGAACGUGUGCAGGGUGACGUGUGACAUAUAAAGGCCUUCCCCGUCUCCAGGGGAGCGCCGGCCUCCAGCCGGGCCUCGCCGGGGCUCACCCUCCAGGCUCGCCCCUGGUCCAGUUUGCUCCUCUGUGAUCAACACCCUCCUGCACAGGUCCUGGUGUCUGUUCCUGUGGGUUCAAACCAGGCGUGAUGAGACCGGCGUGUUGAUCCGGACACUAAAAGAAAACCCUAAUUGACUUCUCCUCUCCUCUGCCUCAUCCCUCGUCCUCCCGAUCUGCAAUGAGCCUUAAGGCUCCUCUUAGCCCGAAGCCAUCCCUCUGUCAGGGGACGUUGCUCUCCUUUGGUCACAGCUUAAGAGGCCGGGCUUCUUCUAGGCAGGUAAAACUAGGGUGACAGUUGGAGAGAAAGCAGCUUUGAUCUCCACUGUCUUCAUGUUGCAGAACCAAGAUGACAGGCAAGGGAGUCUUAGGAGCACUUUAUUCCUCCACAGGUGCUGGAGAGAAAACACUCAGGCUUGUAAAAUCCCUGCAAAUCUUGGCUCUCACAUUUACUGAAGUCCAAACAAUACCUAACCUGGCCCCUUGUGACUCCACUAUAGUGUCUUCCAGAGACUAAGGGAACCUCAUUUCUCACUGGUGAUGUGCCCUGUGUUAGAAACUCCAUAUGGAGGUGGUGUUUUAUUAUACUCCUGCCUGCCCCCAUUAAAUAUCUAUUUUUACCAUAGCAGCCUGCUGUGGCCUCCUGUGAUACACAAAACAGCCCAGGUAGAGCAGCACCUUGUAGAAGAAGUGGACAGAGCAGUGGAGGAUACGCUCCAGGUGUGUCUUCUACAACCUACAUAAAAUGCUUCUGGACUGAACAUUAACUUAGGCUCCAUUUAAGAGACCACUGGUACAGGUUUAUUAUCUGUUGUUGGUGUUAAAAAAAUAGAGCUAAAUCUAAUAGCACACCACUGUUUUAUAGAUACUGAAGCUACUAUAGUGUUGACUCAAUGUCUCACCAACAUGUUCAUAAAAUCUGAACAAUGUUUUGUAUCGUAUUGGAUUUGUGUUAUAUUUUGGAAGUGUUCCUGUAAUUGUUUGCACCACAAAUGAUUUACAACUAAACCAGCAGUGCCCCGUUUCACCCUCUGGGACAUAAACUCUGUCCAGUGUCAUAAUAAGCCAAUAACGGACGCUGGUGGUGUUUUCUAAUUUGCUCCAUGUCAUUUUUAUAUUUUAGUUAA